AUGACGGCUAUUCCUCAGCCACGUCCAGAUGACCUGGACUCAAAUAUCACAGGAACAACAGACACCACCGAGCCUGCCUGGACAGCUGUCAGUGCCCGGCGCCAGGAGGUCAGCGAGAUCCUGCGCCAGAACUACAUCGGCGCCCAGAGAAGUCGCCUCGGAUCUCUCAACGAGUUCAGACACUGGACGCCGCAGGAGGUCAAAGACUUGUUUGAUCAGAACAUGCCGCCAAUCGUCAGGGGGAAGUCGGACGGAAGCAGAAAGUUAUACCCUCUUGGCCCGAUCUACCGCUCCAUCCCCACCGAUUCUCGAAGAUGGAAGCAACUCGCAGCCAAAACCGCCAUGGUCGGGGCAGUGGAUGCCCUUGCGAUCCCGUUCUCGCCUUUGCUGAUGCUCGCAAACAAGGAGGACAGGAAGAAGACUCUGAAAUGGAUGUCGGAUCUGAACGUCGAAGCCCUUUCUUCCUCCUUCUUUGUCAAGCCUGAUCCCGCUCUCGUGCAGCAAGCGGCGAACACGGGGAAAGCGCUCUGCGUCAAUCGAUGGGGGGUGUUUCGCGUGCUUGAUUCAGGAUACGCUGCGAUCUCACAUGUCUGGGCCGAGACAAUGGGGCUCGAGUACAACGACGAGAAGACCGAGCAGGAUGAGCGCGGUUUCAACAUGCAUCAUUUCAUCCGCGUCAUGGAUGUGGCUCGCAAGACGGGGUCUGAGUGGUUCUGGUUCGACCUCCUUGCCAUUCCGAAAGGUCAAGAUCUGGCCACCAAAACUCUCAAGACGAGGCUCAUCAACAGUCUGCGGCAUGUCUAUGCCAACGCUGAGUCGAUCAUUGUGCUCGAUGGUCUCACAGUCCAGCUCAAAUCGAGAGAUCCCUUGAUAACCGCGGCCAUUCUCUCAUGUUCCCGCUGGCUGACCAGAGUGUGGACUUAUCAAGAAGCGAAACUCGCCCACAAGUUGAAGAUUCCCACCGCCACGAGCGUGGUUGAUUUCGAGGACAUGGUUAUGGCUCUCAGAGAAGCCGACGCCCGCGACAGCUCUCGUUGGCAUGAGCUGUACUUGACAUUCUACCGGCUCACGCCGCUUCACGACCGUGGCAUCUCGCUCGCUGACAUCGCCAUGAGCUGUGACCACCGGUCGUGUGAGAAUGACAUCGACUACGCAAGAGGGUUUUUCGCCCUGCUUGGACUCGAGUGGAAGCAGGAGUACACAUACGAAGAGGGCAUGUUAGCGAUCCUGCGAUCUCGACCGCAGCACGCGGCACGCAUCGCCGGCAUGCAUGGUCCUCGCGGUCUGCCUGCUCCGUACUCUUGGGCACCGAAGUACCUCGCUCGUCUGCAGGGACGAAUCUAUAGCGGCUUCGACGCUCAAAUGGGCUCCUUGAUCGGGUACUGGCACACCAUCACCGUCAAGCGUGUGCUGAGCAAAGGCAUCUCAGAAACUCAUGAGAAAGUGUUCGUGUGUAACUUGGUUGUUACUCCCACCCCCACUACCACCAUCACCACCACCUCCUCCUCCUCCUCUGAGGGCAGCUCGGGAGAGGAAAAUUCUUCGACGAUCCAGAUCCAAUUCUUCCCCGACCAUUGGACGUCGACACUGCAAGAUUGGGUCGAAAGCGUCAUCCCAAGCGGCAAGGCGAGACUUCUAUGCGGCGAAAAGAUGGACUUCAGCAACGAUGAAACCGACCAGCACGCUCGGAUCGUGCUGGCGGCGAGGGAUGCGACGGGGCCCCUGCCUGAUUUGAAUCUCGAUGCUUGGGGCGAUGUAGCCGGUAGCGCCGUGGUGAAUUCUCCACGUAUAGGGGUUGAGGUCAGGCGGAUGCGUUGGUAUCUUGACUGA